GUGUCUUAGUGGCAUGAGGCUUAAUCACAGUGACUACUUCACUUCCUGCAAUAUGCCGUAUUUGAAUAAUUGAAGUCUUCUACUCCAUAGAAGGGUUGAUACUGGAAUGAAAAGUUGUACGGGUUGGAGGGGAGAGAGACGUCCUUGCUGGCUGUUCAGGGAAUGACAGACGGGCGAUCCAUAACAUUAUAAGCAUGCGCGUCUGCCUUUAGUGGAAACUGGUUGGCUGGGUUUGUUGGAGGGCAGCAGAGGAUUUUUGGGGGAUUUAAGGGAUUGAAGGCCAGUGUAUUUGUUCGGGUGUGUGAAAGUAUGUAUGUGUGUGGCCUGGAAGGGUAGGGAAAGGACAUGUGCGCAGUAUGAUUCCAUUGUUUGCCGUCGGUUCCUAGUGGCGCUGCAGUAGCUAAGUACUGAACAGAUGAGGUCGAUUUCUCGACCCGCUUUGACAGAAGCGACAAUUCCGGUGGUGUGUUUCAGACUAGAUGAAUGUCUCCAAGCAUGAGGACAGACAGGAGCGUGGGAGUAAUCACGUGUAUUGAACUGUGUUUGAAUUAAGAAAUAAUGUAAGGCUCAGACAUGCAUUUUGAGCACUGUGACACUUAGAGCCUGACCGUGUGAAGUAAAAUAAUUGUUGUUAGCAGCAAAGUGAAUGGCACCUGAAGUGUGUGCGAAGCCAUGUUGCAGCGGGACCACAGCCAACAUUGCAUGCCGAAUUUCUUCACGACCUUAUCGCCUCCAUCUUCAUCACAAUGGAACGUGAGAGUGACGAUAGGUGAGUCACCUGCGGCAGUCAUUAAGAAGGAGACAGUUCCGAAGUUCAUCCCUGCCAAACAAAAUCUUCGCGAUGUUCUUACGUCGACAGCAACACUUGGAUUGUGGCUAGCACGUAACAAAUGAUAGUUGCAAGUAGAACUGACAUCAUGUAACAUUCCAGCGCACUGAUAUUCCUGGGUAGGAAUCUGGGACUCACCGCGCGUUGCUUCUCGAAUGAAAGUAUUGAAGUGUUUAUGAGCGAUGUAAUUUUAUUCAUAUAAGAUGAUGUCGUCUAUUAGUCCGGGAUUUCCAUUAGCAAAAGUGAUAAAUACAACAAUUAAAUCUGCAGUUAAGACUUCCGUGUAAUGCCACGACGCCCUCUGUGAUCGAGUGCCUCAUAAAUUUGACGAAGACGACGCUGGUAGCAGUGUGACGCCAUCGUCAGCAUGCCGGGUGGACGCCGAGGGCUUGUUGCUCCACAAAACACAUUUCUGGAGAAUAUCAUCCGCCGCUCCAGCUCACAGCCGGAUAGCAGCUUCCUGUUGGCCAAUGCUCAGAUUGUCGACUUCCCAAUCGUCUACUGCAAUGAAUCCUUCUGCAAGAUCUCGGGCUAUAACCGUGCCGAGGUGAUGCAGAAGUCUUGCCGCUGUACCUUCAUGUACGGCGAGCUGACCGACAAGGAGACUAUUGCCCGCAUAGACGAGUGCCUGGAGAACCAGAUUCACGACCAGUUCGAGAUCCUCCUGUACAAGAAGAACAGUGACGAAUCCAAGUCGGAAAACCCCACCCACGUCAGUCAGGAAAGCCAUAGCCCGGUUGAAGAGCCAGGGGCGGAUGCAGGCACUCCUCGAGAGACUCCGCUAUGGCUGCUGCUUCAGAUAGCUCCCAUAAAGAACGAGCGGGACCUGGUCGUGCUCUUCCUGCUCACCUUCAGGGAUAUCACGGCCCUGAAGCAGCCCAUCGAGUCCGACGACAGCAAAGGAGGAUUGAGCAAAUUUGCCAAACUGGCACGUUCAGUAACUCGGAGCCGAUCUGUGCUGGUUUCACAGUUCUCUUCACACCUACCCAACCUCAAGGACACCACAAAGCAAUCUCACCUCGCACAUAUGAUGAGCCUGAAUGCCGAUGUGAUGCCCCAGUACCGCCAGGAAGCACCCAAAACUCCGCCCCAUAUACUGUUACAUUAUUGUGCAUUUAAGGCUAUCUGGGAUUGGAUUAUUCUAUGCCUUACCUUCUACACGGCAAUAAUGGUGCCCUACAAUGUCGCCUUCAAGAACAAAACUUCCGAGGAUGUGUCACUACUUGUGGUGGAUUCAAUAGUGGAUGUCAUAUUUUUUAUUGAUAUUGUGUUGAAUUUUCACACAACAUUUGUGGGGCCUGGAGGAGAAGUGGUCUCGGACCCUAAAGUGAUACGUAUGAACUAUCUCAAGUCAUGGUUCAUAAUCGAUCUGCUAUCGUGUCUGCCUUACGAUGUGUUCAACGCUUUUGAUCAUGAUGAAGAUGGGAUCGGAAGCCUAUUCAGUGCAUUGAAAGUGGUCCGGUUACUACGUUUGGGUCGCGUGGUGCGCAAGCUGGAUCGCUAUCUGGAAUACGGUGCCGCCAUGUUGAUAUUGCUGCUCUGCUUUUAUAUGCUUGUGGCGCAUUGGCUUGCGUGCAUCUGGUACUCAAUAGGACGCUCAGAUGCCGAUAAUGGGGUCCAGUAUUCAUGGCUGUGGAAGUUAGCUAAUGUGACACAGUCACCUUAUUCAUAUAUCUGGUCCAACGACACCAACUCUCCAGAGCUCAUCAAUGGACCAUCUCGCAAAACGAUGUAUGUCACUGCACUCUACUUCACAAUGACCUGCAUGACCAGCGUUGGUUUUGGAAAUGUUGCUGCAGAAACGGACAAUGAGAAGAUAUUCACCAUCUGUAUGAUGAUAAUUGCAGCACUCUUAUAUGCAACCAUCUUUGGUCAUGUAACAACCAUCAUCCAGCAGAUGACAUCAGCAACAGCCAAGUAUCAUGACAUGCUGAACAAUGUAAGAGAGUUCAUGAAACUGCAUGAAGUGCCAAAGGCUCUAUCAGAACGAGUUAUGGACUAUGUGGUAUCCACAUGGGCCAUGACAAAGGGCCUGGACACCGACAAGGUAAAUCAGGUGCUCAACUAUUGUCCGAAGGAUAUGAAAGCAGACAUCUGCGUACAUCUAAACCGUAAGGUAUUUAAUGAACAUCCAGCAUUCCGUCUUGCAAGCGAUGGCUGCCUGCGUGCAUUGGCAAUGCAUUUCACAAUGAGCCACUCAGCUCCGGGUGAUUUAUUGUACCACACAGGGGAAUCCAUUGACAGUCUCUGCUUCAUUGUCACUGGAUCACUGGAAGUAAUUCAAGAUGAUGAAGUAGUAGCUAUUUUAGGCAAAGGUGAUGUUUUUGGGGACUCAUUCUGGAAGGACAAUGCAAUUGGACAGUCAGCUGCCAAUGUACGAGCGCUGACAUAUUGUGACCUGCACACAAUCAAACGAGACAAGCUCCUUGAAGUGCUAGAUUUCUACCAGGCCUUUGCUAACUCAUUUGCUCGCAAUCUGAUCCUGACGUACAACCUCCGGCAUCGGCUGAUAUUUCGCAAAGUGGCAGAUGUGCGUCGUGAGAAGGAAUUGGCAGAAAGAAGGAAGAAUGAUCCUCAGCUGGACCAACAGCAGGAUCACCUUGUGCGCAAGAUUUUCUCAAAGUUCCGUCGAGACCGAGCACAGGCACAACAACCCCCGGCACAGUCACCUGCAGGCCAGCAGGGUGACUUAGAGCGUGGGGACUUGGCAGUAGGUGCUGGUGCAGGGGAUGGCACAGCAGGAAAGUCUGUAGUUCGGGUCUUGUCAACCACCAAGCUGUCUAGUGUAGCAGAAUCAGAUCAUGGAAGUAGCGGAAUUGCAGGGGCCCUAGUGGCAGUGACUACGAGGGGCCAGCGUCCUACAACAAUCCGUACCAGCAAGUGGGGGCGUUUACUGGGGAGCAGCAGUCUCGAUUCAGGAAGUGAAUCUGUAAGCAAUAAUAAUAACACCAUUGGAAUCCAGCGUUCUAUGUCAGCCAGGGACCAUACAAAUGGAAGUAGUAAAGACAAAGCCCUGUCAUUAUCAAGUGCUGGUGGAAAUACAUCGACAGGUGGUACAGCAGCAGGAUCAGGUAACAAAGUGUUCCCCAAACUGCAGAAAGUCACUACAACAACAACAACAACAACAACACCUACAUCUGUAGCACCUCCACAGAUAACAAGACAGGACACUAUUGAUGAAAUCGUGGAGUUGGAAGAUCGUGCAGGUGCAACUCCCACAGCCAGUACCAAUUUGAGAAAGGUAGAUUCAUAUGAUAGUGGCAUACUCCGUAGCUGUGAUCAGAGACUAAAUGAAGCAUCUUCAGGUGGUCUUGUUUUAUACCAGCAACCAACUGGAACAGCUGUACCACUGGGAAUUGCUGCAACAGAGUACAAGGAAAUUAUUUCUAACAUCAUGGAUUUUAAAGUUGAUGUGAAGUUGGAAGUUCAGAGAUUAAAUCAAAAAGUAGGACGUAUGGAAGAAUUGUUAACAGAACUCAUAUCUAGGUUAGGUCACACAGCUCCUGUAGGAAAUUCCACAGCAUCUUCAGCCUCUUCCCAGUCUCCUCCACAGGAGACUGAAGGGGGCCCAGAGACUCAACAAGCAGUAGGCACUAUACAGUUACAGAAGAAGCUUGCACCAGCAAGAGUGUCAUCAGCAGUGACUGGUGUAUCUUCAGUGUCUAGUUCGGUGGGAACAGGGGAAGGAACAAGUACUUCAGGGACUGGCAUGGGAAGCAUCUUACUCCGGAAACGUCGUAGCAAGUCAAGAACAAAAGCAGCAGCACCUGCAGCUCCCACAACCACAUCUACAAGUGGAACUUCACCGAGAACAUCGCCUACUGAGACAACAAGAAUGCUGGAAGAUCAGGAUCAAGGUGCAGCAGAUGCAACUUCUGCAUCACCACUUCCAUCCACAUCCAAAGGUGAAGAUGAGACAAGACAGUUGAGAAGAUCCAGAGAAUUCCUUUAGCAGUCCCCCUUUCCACCCUUAAUAUUGAGUGGCCUAAGUAUAGAAAACAUGUACUUAGGAUUUAAACAUCACUGUGUGACAGGAACAUGGACUAAAAGUCUCUUCUAAUAAUUAAGUCUGCAAGAAGUGAAGGUGCUUAUCACACUAUAAAUAAAUUCAAAUUAUUUGGAUUAUAUUCUUAAACUACACAUAACCACAUCCUAUGAGAAACAGUAAAAUUCAUGUAACAUAGACAAAGUUGUUUUCUCUGCUCUGCCUACCACUAAUUUUAGAGCAUACACUAGAUAAUAAUUAAAUAUAAUCUCGGGUGCUCUUCUUAAAGUACCAAGGUUUUAAAACACCAGAAAUGGCUCUUCUAAGACUGAAAGAAUGACUGUAGACUUCUGUUUUCAAGCUCUAAGUUUCAGGGAUUACAAUUGUUAUUUGUCCCUGAACUAAAAGUGGUAAUCUUAAGAAACUGACAGACCUGCUACUUGAAAACCUAAUUGAAUGCGUUCAUGACAGUACAGAAUAUUAUGCAUUUCAGUGGAAAAAGUUCAUUGUCUUCAGCUAAAGCUUCUGAAGUUACCAACUUAAUUUGCUUAAAAUGUAAAUGUUAUUCCCCACAUUUCAAACUUCUAACUACUGUAUAAAUGAAAAUAUGCUCAUUUUAAUUGUCUGGUUGUUAUGAUUAUGCACUAAAGCUCACUCAGGAAGUUCUUCUUUAAGGAAAUUUGUCAUUUGAGGUUUUCAGGUUACAUUGAGAUUUGCUUUCUUGCCUGUAGACUUCAGAUUGAUAGCAAAUAUAUCACAGGUGAAUUUAUCUUCCCAAAUGACUUCAGUAAACUAUUUUCAAAAUGUUGAUAUAGUGAACAGUUCAUUUGAAUCCAGCAAUAGAAACCAGGUAUAACUAGUUUCAGUUCAGUUAACUGAGUAAUAAAUAAAUAUAACAAGUAAUAUUUUUAUUCCAUUGGUGGAAAGAAGGGACCCUCUGAAUCUAAUAGAACAGAUUCAUCAACACAUACCUGAGAAUGAAGAAAGUUGUCUUCUGGGUUUAGGCACCGUGUAUUCUUCGU